CCAUUCCUUUUGACCCGCCGCCUUCACGGUCCUCCCCGUUUCCGGAAGCUUCUUCUUCCUCCUCCAUCCCCAGGGCGCGCCAUGGCCGGCGGCAACCUGUUCGGGCGGGCGCUGAGCUACGUCGUCAACGAGUUCAUCGUCGAGGGCCUCGCCAACAGCCGAGCAUUCCAGAGGUUUGCUGUGAAGACCAACAGGACUCUUGAGAGCCUAUCAUCUAAAGCUAAGGAAGUGAGAGAGGAGCUAUCAGAGCAAAUAAAGGAUGCGCGUGGCCAGAACGAUGUAAGUGAGAUCACUUCAAGCGGUGAAGCUGGGGUUCGCACAUUGGUUCACCAAGAUGAUGCUGACCGUGCAAUCUUUCCAUAGUUUUCCUAGUAUUUGUCUGGGUCCUAUUUAUGGAUGUCAUUCCAUUGAUGGGGGGCGCUCUCGACCUGAUCCUAUUUUGGAUGUCAUUCAAUUGAAGGAACCUCUGUAUAGUAUCUUCAGUUUCACUGGACGUGAUUAUCAGACGCAGAUCAGGGAACAGUUGAUGUCUUGUCCCUCCCUAGUGUUGUGAAAUGGAACACUGGAUGUCAUUCGUGUAUUGUUAAUAAGAUAUAUCUAUGUUGAUUAUCUGACUUUGUAUUUGUGGAUAUGUGUUCUUGUUGGUCUGGAUCAACAUGGUCAUAA